GAGUAGUGAAAAUAGUACUUGUGUGAAAAACAGAUACAAGACACAAACAGAUUAGAGUACAUUUUAAAGACUUGUUUGGGUAAUCCUUAAUUAUUCGAUUCCAUUCUUUUCUUUUCUUUUCUUUUGCUUCUCCUUCGUUCAUUCUUCAAUCUUCAUCAUCCACAACACUCACUCACUCACUCGCCGACGAACUCAUUCCCAUGGCUACUUCAAUUCGACCCACUCUUUCUUCCUUUACCCUUUCACCUCUCUUCAAUCGUUCUCCUCGAGUCUCUUUCUCCCAUUUUUCUACCGUAGCAGUUCCACAAUCCCAUAGUCUUGGCUUAAAAUUGGUCAGAAAAAAUGGAAACUCUAUGAGAGUGAUGGCAUCUGGGAACGUGUCUUCAUCAGUCACAGCUGCUUCAUCAGAAAAUCUACUUGAAUGGGUCAAACAAGAUAAAAGAAGAUUGCUUCAUGUUGUUUAUCGUGUUGGGGACUUGGAUAGAACCAUUAAAUUUUAUACUGAGUGUCUGGGAAUGAAGCUACUCCGAAAGCGCGACAUACCGGAGGAGAAAUAUACUAAUGCUUUUCUUGGAUAUGGACCUGAAGACUCACAUUUUGUUAUUGAACUCACAUACAAUUACGGAGUUGACAAGUAUGACAUUGGAACUGCAUUUGGCCAUUUUGGUAUUGCGGUCGAUGAUAUUACAAAAACAGUGGAACUAAUAAGAGCUAAGGGUGGCAAAAUAACUAGAGAGCCUGGUCCUGUCAAAGGAGGCAAAACAGUAAUUGCAUUUGUUGAAGACCCUGAUGGUUACAAAUUCGAACUUUUGGAAAGAGGUCCCACUCCUGAGCCAUUGUGCCAAGUGAUGCUUCGAGUGGGUGAUCUUAACCGUUCAAUAGAAUUUUACGAGAAGGCUUUUGGUAUGGAGCUGCUUCGCACACGGGAUAAUCCAGAGUCCAAGUAUACCAUAGCAAUGCUGGGUUAUGGCCCAGAAGAUAAAAAUGCUGUUCUGGAGUUGACUUACAAUUAUGGAGUCACUGAAUAUGAUAAAGGAAAUGCUUAUGCUCAGAUUGCAAUAGGCACAGAUGAUGUGUACAAAACUGCGGAAGCGAUUAAACUAUCCACAGGAAAGCUUACACGGGAACCUGGACCGCUGCCUGGUAUCAGCACAAAAAUUACUGCAUGCUUGGAUCCCGAUGGAUGGAAGACGGUUUUUGUAGAUAAUAUUGAUUUUCUUAAGGAGUUGGAGUAGAAGAGUAUUUAGGUAGGUCAUCAUCACAGCAAUCUUGUAACAUCAUCUGUAUCAAUCCUCAGCCAAAGAAUUGGUAUGUCUAUAUGAAGAAAAAAGAUUGAGAACGCAUCAUAGCCAAAUCCGAUUUUGUAGAAAAUGUAAUAAUGACCCUAGCGAUGCACGUGUAACAAAUGCUAGAACACCACAGGGUUGAAAUACAAUACAGAUCUUUAUUUGAUAUAUUGUUUGAUGGUCUAUAUACAACACAAGUAAUUUUGUUUAUGUAA